AUGAUAACUGCACAAGCAAACAGAAUUGGCUGCGCACUCAACACCUGUGAUAAACUACAUAACGGCAUCAGGACUGAGCCAUCAGUCUCACUGUUUGUCUGUUUCUAUUCACCGAGAACCAAUUUAAUGGCGUCAGUCCCUUACAGAAAAGAUUUCCCGUGCUCUCACUGUCCUGCCGGGACAUUAUGUCACAGAGGACU